AUGGCACACGUUCUCCGGCUCAAGGUCAAGCUACUCAUAAUCCUGGUUCUUGUGGUGGUCAACACGAUAUUGCUCGCAACAGUCAGGCCGAAACAGGCCCCGUACGACUUGAUAUCCUUUGUCAAAGCAUCGAUCUUCUGGCCAAGCAGCUACUCCACAGACGCUCAUAACGUUGACUGGGACAAAGUCGUUGUCACUCCCGCACGAGACAUCGAUGAUGUUUCCUGGAUCGCCCAAGAUCUUCCUCGCUGGCAACAUGCCAUAUACUACGUCGAUCAUCCGAGUAGCGUAGCUCGGGAAGACCAUCUACGAACUCCGAUCAACAAAGGCAAUGAGGCAAUGGCAUACCUUACCUACAUUAUCGACCACUACCACAAGCAAAUCCCCUCGAUUGUGGCAUUCCUUCACUCUCACCACAACGGGUUCUGGAAGGCCUGGCAUGUCGAUGACCCACUACACGACAAUGCCAAUGCGCUACAGCAUUUGCAGCUGGACUAUGUCAGACAACAAGGAUACGUGAACUUGCGUUGCAACUGGGCGCCAGGGUGCACAAAAUUGUCAACACCAAAUCCUCACGUCUCGAAUCAGACUUGGGAGGAGAUCUUCGCAAACACGUCGACGCCGUAUUUCGACUCUGAUCCAUUUAGGCCCGCUGCUUCCUCGAAAGGUGCCAGUGUGCACGAUUCGGCGAUUGCCAGCAGGAUCUGGACAGCAUGCUGUGCUCAAUUUGCGGUGUCGAGGGAACAGAUCUAUCGCCGUCCCGUGCAGGACUAUGUCAACAUACGUGAGUGGCUACUCAAUACUGAGCUCGACGAUGCCUCGAGUGGGAGGACUCUGGAAUACUUGUGGCAUGUCAUCUUCGGGAAAGAAGCUGUACAGUGA